AUGCAGGGCCGCAAAGUCAAGCAUCUACUUAGCAUACAAAGGCCUUUUCUCCUGAAUGUCACCAAGGCCUUCCGAACAUCCCCUACAAAUGCGUUAUGCGUACUAGCGGGAUUGCUACCGCUCCAUCUGAGCGUAGAAAAGGAAGCAGCCUAUCAGGAGAUCACUCAACUUGGCAAUCUAACCACCUUCAGAGACGAGCUAUACUCACCAGCCGAAUUUGAACAAAAGAUGAUACGCCUUGCCGAUCACCCCUCAACGCAGGGACAGGGAGUAAAGAUUAGCAUCAAGCAAAACACCAAUGUAAAGGAAGAUGAUCUAGUCUAUUAUACCGACGGGUCAAAACUAGAUGAAAAUACAGGUUGCGCCUAUGUUGCCCUCAGACAGCAAAGCACAAUAGCACAAUGGAAAGGUCACCUGGACACAAACAACAGCGUGUUCCAGAGUGAAGUAAUGGCCAUCAAACAAGCUCUACUUACGAUAAUCCAACAGCGGCAAAGAGACAGCUUCAUUAUAACAGACAGCCUCUCCUCCCUGUAUGCAAUUGUGAACCCUGUGCACAGCUCCCCACUGAUUGCAGAGAUUCAGACACAUCUGCGCGACCACAGCCAUCUUAACACCAGGAUAGAAUGGACCAAGGCCCACGUCGGCAACAGGGGGAACGAGCAAGCAGAUCAACUUGCAAAGGAGGCUGCAAGAAACAUCAAUGCGGAACAUAUCACCAUCCCUUGGCCAGUUUCAUAUUUAAAGAAAAGUCUGAAACACAAGGCAAAAUCCGUUUGGCAGGAGGAAUGGGAUACUGGUGAGACAGGACGCCGUGCUCACUAUCACGUCCCUACGGUAGACUCAGACCGUCUCAUAGUGCAUGCACAAAUGGUCCGAUACAUUACCGGACACGGUCCUUUUCCCGUGUACUAUGAAAAACACGGGAUCGCACAAAAUGCACAUUGUAUAUGUGGUGAGAUGGGCACCCCAGAUCAUUAUGUUACCCAAUGCCCGCUUACAGCAGAUCUGCACCUGCCAAUUCCAACUACAAACACGCAGGCUUUCUGCAGAUUUAUGGUUAAAGACAAACGUACUGUCCGAAAAAUCAACAAGAUAGUUGAUAAACUCAUGAACGUGGGCACAGACUUAUGUCUAAUCUAA